UUUGGAUUAGUUCCUUACUUUCGAUCUCCAAUAUUCAUCAUGGUUUCGAAGAAAUUGGUCCCUCUCAAUUUUUGGCUUGUCUUGGUCCAAUUUUUCAACACGAUCAAUGCCGAUUUUACUCUGUAUGCCUACGGCACGAACAUCAGCGGUUUACCGGUGUUCUAUAUGAACUCGUUGGCAUAUAUCGGUUAUCAAAUCCCUAGCGAUCUCGGUGGCACGAACAUCACUUUCACCAUGAACGACACCAGCCUAUAUCCCCAGAAGAACACUACCGCAGGAGGGUCCGGAACAAUCACUGGGAACCCGAAGCUCUACAUCGAUACCUCAACCGAUGCUAUUGCGCAGCCGGGCUUCACAACCAACGAUACCGAUACCACAGCAGCUACCACCACCGGCUUCCGCUUCCUGGGUACAGAUAUCUACUGGAAAGCGAGCGAUGGGACGCUGCUGGCCAAUUUCUGGGCUACUGAGACAGAUAUGGAUGGUGUCUGGAGCCUGGUAUGGAAUGAACCAGAUGAUACACUUGAUAACAGUACACCGGUGGUCAUUCAGAACAUGGCACCAGCUGCAAGGAUCUAGUCGUACAAGUACGAUUUGAGCUAGGGAUAUACGUGCCUUAGUCGCAGCAGGAUG